AAGCUUUUUCAAAGUAACACUCUUAUCCCUAAGCAACGAAUUAGAUUCGGUGGUGUCUGACUCAAUUACUUGGCAGGAAAGUUGCUGCAACAUCGUCUUCUUUGUUCCUCUGCACAUCUAACAGGAUAGCAUUCGAGCUCUGUGUUCAGCUUCAACCAGCAGCAGCUAUGGACAUAGUCUCGCCAAUACUGGAGAUUUCUGGUGUAAAUCAUGUCAUCAAUAAACUAGUUGAUAAAACCACUAAUUAUUUGCAAGAUCAGUGCUGCUGGGAAACCUACUUGCAAGAAGAAUUGAAAAGCCUCCAAGACUUACUUCCUCAGAUCGAAGCAGUUGUUUCCUUUGCCGAACAUAGAUUAACUUCGUAUGAAUCUUCUGAUCGAGCAUUAAUUAAGUGGCUGUGGAAGUUCAGGGAUGUGAUCGACGAGGCUGAAGAUGUGCUGGAUGAGCUGGAAUAUCUUGAACUGGAGAGGAAAGCUAAUAGUGACAAAAGUUGGCUUUCUAGAAGGGUCGAUGCUUCUGUUAAUGCUGCAAAAAGAUUACUGAAAUUUGAUGAUGUUCUUGGGAGAUUAAGGACAUGCGUAAAGAACUUGAACACCUCUGCUUCAGAUGUUGAGAAGUUUUUGGCACUGGUAACUCCGACAGGUGGCGUCGGCACUGGACAAAUGCAGCAAGGGAUUCUACCGUUGUCUCAUCAAAGUAGGAUCACCACUUCUUUACCUGUAUCAUCAUUCAAAGGACGUGUGGAAGAAAAAGAGAAAAUCAUUAAGUAUUUGCUAGGAGAAGAAUCCGAAAUUCAAAUCAGUGAGAAUGUGCAUUGCCUUCCUUUGGUAGCGUUGGGUGGUAUGGGGAAAACUGCACUCGCUCAACAAGUCUUUGAUUAUUUUAAAAAUGUGAAGAAGGAACACUUUGAUAUCAAAAUCUGGGUAUGUGACUCCUUACCUGAUCUCAAUGCAUCAAAUCUUAUGAAGAAAAUUCUGGAGUAUUCAACUGGCGGAUCUGAAUCUGGGCCAUUGGAACUAAUACCAGAGAAACUCAAGGAAAAGUUACAUUCCAAAAGAUUUCUACUUGUCCUAGAUGAUGCUUGGGAUGACAAAAAUCAGAGAGAGUGGGAGAAACUAUGUGCUCCGCUGCUAUAUGGCCAAAAGGGUAGUUGGAUACUAUUAACAACUAGAUCAAAAUCAGUUGCAAAUAUGGUUUCAAAAGAAAUCAGAGGCACAAUGGUGCCAAUGAUGUUGCAGGGACUGUCAGAGGAUGAAUGUCGUUCACUCCUAUACGAGCGUGCAUUUGCUGGUCAAGACCCAAAUGGAUUCCCACUGCUUAAAGAUAUUGGUGGAGAAAUAGUAAAGAAAUUGAACGGUGUGCCUCUUCUAGCAAAGUCAAUUGGAGGAGCGUUGAAUAGUAAACUGGAAGCAAAUCACUGGAUGAGCAUUUCAAGAAGUGAAUUAUGGGAAAUGCCACAAGAUUUAACAUACAAUUUCAUUCCAGCUCUAACACUAAGUUACGUGAUGCUUCCAUCAUGUUUGAAGCGAUGCUUUUCCUAUUGCAGCAUAUUCCCUCAAGAUUACGAAUUUAACAAGCAAAAGUUAGUGUGCAUGUGGGUAGCAGCAGGCCUAAUUUACUCGGAUGGAUUAGAGGAGGGCUCGGAUGAGGACAUAGCUAACUGUUGCUUUGAUAUGUUGUACAACAAAUCCUUCUUUGAUGCUCAUCACGACAAUUGGAGUCCAUUUUUCUAUGACAAAACACUUUAUGUUUUAGAAGAAGAUUAUUACACCAUGCAUGAUAUGCUUAACAGUCUUGCUUGUCAUGUCUCACACUAUGAAUGUUGUAGAAUUGUGGAUGGCACAACUCCAAGUCUCAUUUUGGAUAAUAAUACUAUCCGCCAUAUAUCAAUUACUUGUUCUCAUGCUCAACUCCAUGAUCUAGCUAACAUAGUGAGCAAACUCAAGCACUUGCGAACCCUUUGGAUAGAGUAUGAUGGGGAUCGUCAACAAUUUGAGGAUUUUAUUCGAGAUGCGUGUAAAUCACCGAGAAGAAUCCGAGUAUUGAUUAUGGCUUCUAAUUUAUCUGAUCGGUGUUUGAAAAGCAUCAGUAACUUUGUAAAAAUAAGGUUUCUUCAAAUUCCGAAUCAUUUUCUACCAUCACUAUCAAUGCGUAAGUUCUAUUUCUUACAAGUUCUAAUGGGAGAAGAUAGCAUUCUGGCAAAAGACGCAAACAAGUUGACCAAUUUAAGACAUUUAUACGAAGUACAUGAGGAUGCACUUCUCUCAGUGGCGAAAGUAGGAAAGUUAACAUCCCUCCAGGAAUUAUGUUUCACUGUGGGCACAAAACCUAGAUAUAGAAUUGAUGAGUUGAUGAAUAUGAAUAAUCUCCAUAAAUUAUCUAUUAAACAACUUUCCAAUGUGCGAAGUCUUGAAGAGGCCAAUAUGGUCAACUUGGUCAAGAAACGUUAUCUCAUAAGACUGGAACUGGAUUGGAAUGAUGUAAGUAACCCUGAUGAUUAUGCAAGUAAUCCUGACCUUGAUCAACCGGUUCUGGCGGCUCUACAACCCUAUCCCACAAUUAGAGAACUCACCAUUAGAGGGUACAAAGGUGGUAGGCUUGCACCAUGGAUGGAUACAUCUCUUUCUCUCCUUCAAAAUCUUCAACUUAAUGCUUGUACAAGUUUGGAAGAGCUACCCUCUCUGUGGAAGUUGCCCUGCCUUAAGUUUCUGAAAUUGAAAGAAAUGAAUGCAAUAAGAAGUUUGGGUUGUCACUUCUCUGGCCAGAUCGACAUACAAUUUCCAGUUUUAGAGAAACUUGGAUUUUAUGACCUUCCACUCUGGGAGGAAUGGAAUGGUGCGGAUGACUAUAUAUGGUUCCCUCAUCUCAAAAAUUUUCAAAUUCUUGACUGUCCAAAAAUAAAGAAAAUUCCUGAGCUCCCGUUGUCUAUAGAGAAUCUCACAAUGAAAAAUUUGGGGUUAGAAGCUCUUCCACGGUCCUACAACUACAAGUGUUCGAAUGGUUCUAGGACAUUUGGUGGAUUUCAGCGGCUGAUGUUCCUCGAGACCCUUCAAAUUUACGAGUGUGCAAAAAUUGUGCAAAUUGGAUCAAUCGGCGAAGAGGAUGAUCAUCUCCUUCCGUCGUCACUGAAAGAACUUACACUUUCAAUUCUUUUCAAAGAUGAUGAUUUGGCAAGUUAUCUACAAGGUCUUACUUCGCUCACUGACUUGUCUUUAUAUUUUUCUCCGGACGUGGAAUCACUUCCUUCAGCAAAUGAGCUGGAACAUCUGACUACACUUCAAACGUUGUAUAUCAGGGGUGGUGAAACCUUGACUUCACCAGGAGGAUUAUAUAUUAUAAAAUCUCUUAAAUUUCUGAAGAUUUCUCAUUGUCCGAAAUUCCUCUCUGCUGCUGCUGAGGUUGAGUCAGAGGAAUUUUUAAAAGACAAGACAAGGAAGCAUGCGGUAUCAUCUUCCUCAGGUUUUGAUCACUCUACAAGUGAUAAGGUUACUAGCAUCCUUCCCUCCUCCCUUGAAUAUCUAAUUUUUACAGACUCUGGCAUUUCGCAAGAGUCAUUGGGUCGAUGUCUUCAAGGCCUUUCCUCACUGAAAGGUUUGGAAGUAUCAGGUUGCCAUCGUUUGGUGUCUCUUCCCAACAUAGAGUAUCUGCAUAAUCUGACAGCAUUGGAGGAAUUGGGUAUUUUUUAUUGUAAAGAAUUAUGUGAAUUGGAGUCAUUGACGGCACUUGCCUCCCUCAGAAAAUUGGACAUUAAGCGCUGCCCCAAAUUAGCAACAACAACAGAACAAAGUGCCACAAAGAUAAAGAAGGGAACAUUACCUUCACUUGAAAAUAUUGACAUCGAUGACAUCUUCUAUCUACCAAUUUUGCCGAUUUCAGAAAAGCUAAAGACCCUUUUUAUCAAAAGUAAUGACAAAGAGUUCACUUGCUUCCCUUCUGAGAUAGAGGAGUCGUUGUUGCAAUAUCGGAAGUCUCUGGAAAAUUUAUAUUUGUAUUGGAUGUCUCAUCUGGAAUCUUUACCCGGAAUUUUGGAGAGCUUUUCAUCGCUCAAGAAACUUAUUAUACAUUCUGCUCCAGCACUCAAGUCACUGCCUAGGAUGCCUGCCUCACUGGAGGAACUGAGAAUUUCUGGAUGCAGUGCAAAGCUUAAGAAGCGUUACCAAAAGAACAUCCGUCGGGACCUGCCUAACAUCAAGUACAUUGAAAUUACAGCUGACAAAGAGGACAAGGCCGAGGCUCAAGUCAAUUGCAACUGGGUCAGCAGCAGACUUUGGUGUUCCACAUGAUCAUAUAUAUGUAAUACCAAAUGCAGGAGCUGGUCAUUCAUCAAAAGGGCAAAUCAGAUGGACUGAAGCGCAAGGUAAGCUAGAAGGAUCUUGGAGUCCUCGUUUCACCCCAUCAAGCCAGAGUUUGAGGGUUGUCUUUUUAUCGGAGAAAAUUAAUCGAUACCUGAUUAAGUGUGUAAGUGUUUUGCCAUAGCACCGUAGUCAGAGGGACGACACUCUAUAUUUGAUUGAACUUGACGAGGAAGAACCUAUCAAGUACAUAAGAAGAGGAUAGUGUCUGGUUUAACCAAAUCGGAGAUCAUCACAAGCAAACUCAUUCAUUUGGAGAGGGGAAUAGUGAAAGUAUUAGUUUCAAGUCUCUGAUUUGGAAGCUUAAUUUGUUCUAGUACUUUUUUUUUAGGAAUCGUGUAAGUUAUUCCAUGAACAGGGUUCAUUUACUCUAUUUUGGAUCUUGGGACGUGUUGGCAUGUUUAUUAAAAUAUAAUGGGUAAAAAUCAAUCUCUAAUUACCCUUUUUAUCUUAA